AUGACACGAGAACAGUACAUACUAGCAACACAACAAAAUAACCUGCCAAGGGCUGAGAAUGCACAACUUUACCCAGUGGGAAUUUAUGGAUGGCGAAAGAGGUGCUUAUACUUCUUUGUCCUUCUGCUGUUGGUUACCAUGAUAGUUAACUUAGCCAUGACAAUUUGGAUAUUGAAAGUGAUGAACUUCACCGUGGAUGGUAUGGGAAAUCUGAGAGUCACCAAGAAGGGAAUCCGACUUGAAGGUAUAUCUGAGUUUCUACUUCCAUUGUAUGUGAAAGAAAUUCAUUCCCGAAAGGAUAGUCCACUGGUCUUACAGUCUGACAGGAAUGUAACAGUGAAUGCAAGAAAUCACAUGGGGCAGUUAACUGGACAGCUGACAGUAGGAGCUGAUGCUGUGGAAGCUCAGUGUAAAAGAUUUGAAGUGAGAGCAAGUGAAGAUGGCAGGGUGCUGUUUUCUGCAGAUGAAGAUGGGAUUACCAUUGGGGCUGAAAAGCUGAAAGUUACAGGCACUGAAGGAGCAGUGUUCGGGCACUCUGUUGAAACACCUCACAUCAGAGCAGAACCUUCCCAAGACCUCAGGCUUGAAUCACCAACCAGGUCCUUGAUAAUGGAAGCUCCCCGGGGGGUCCAGGUGAGUGCCGCAGCUGGAGACUUCAAGGCUGCCUGCAGGAAGGAGCUCCACUUGCAGUCCACAGAGGGGGAGAUAUUUUUGAAUGCGGCUACAAUCCGGCUGGGAAACCUGCCGACCGGCUCUCCUUCCUCUUCUUCACCCAGCCCCUCCCACUCUCGGCAGACAGUGCAUGAACUGUGUGUCUGCCCCAACGGCAAACUGUACCUGUCUCCAGCUGGGGCCGGGUCUACUUGUCAGUCCAGUAGCAACAUCUGCUUGUGGAGCUGA